AUGGCUAUCUACAAGCACUGGGAAAUCCCUCUGAACUUGAAUGAAGCUAGUAAUUUCGACUCGCUGAACCAUUCUGUAUGCUCAAACAUUCUUACUAAGAAGCAAAACCUGGCUUGUUUAAUGCCCUCGGCACCACUGACAUCUUCAGAAACAAAUACAGUUAAUAAUGAGACUGAUGAUGUAAGAAAAGUGGAUGAAACCUCUAUUAGUGGAUGCUCUGGUCAUCUUGGCAGCGAGCUUUCAAAGCCUGUGAGCUUCGUAGGUUCUGUAAUUGCCACAGAAAGUCCAUAUAUAACUUCAGAAGGAUCAGCUGGAGCCACACAAUCAAAUGCAGACAUUCCGAAUUUUCAAAAUUUUGGGCCCCAUGACUCAAAUAGAUCUGCUGAAUUCUUAGCUCUGUCACAAGUACCGAUAAAGCGCCCACGUUUGGGAGACAGUCCUCUGACGUCUGCCAGCAUUGAUGUCAGACUAGAAAAUGCUAUGGAAUCUGCAGAUCCUCGGCAUUACACGUUUUCUAUAACCACUAGAAAAGGGGACCCAUCACAAGCAAAUUGUCGGAUUGGCUAUUUGAACUACUACAGUUUUGCACAAACUGCCUCAUUAGUUGCAGAGGACUUGAUGCAUAAAUCAUCAGAGAAAGUCAAUGAAAACUCAAUAUUGUCUGAGGAUGAUAUAAUUUCAGCACAAAUGAAGGCCAUUUUGAAAAAGUAUAACAAGUUUUGUUGGCCAAAUAUUCAGAGACUAAAUGUAGAUGCAAGAAAAGAGAAGUGUGGAUGGUGUUUUUGGUGUAAAAAUCCAACUGAUGAAAGAGAUUGCUUGUUUAAAAUGUAUUUGGGGCCUGUUCAGGAAGGUGUUAAAAAUGAUGUCUUUGGUCUUCAAUCAAAAAAGAACAGGAGAGGCCAUCUUGUAGAUGUCAUGUGUCAUAUUCUCUCCAUUGAAGGUCGUCUGCAAGGGCUUUUGUUGGGUCCAUGGCUGAACCAACAUCAUAUCAAGUACUGGCAUAAAAGUAUUCUGAAGGCUUCUGAUCUAGUGUCCAUUAAAAAUUUAUUGCUCACAUUGGAAUCAAAUUUGCGUCCUCUUGCACUCUCAAUUGAGUGGUCAAGACAGAUGGAUUUUGCUGUUACCAUGGGUACUUCAGCUUCUCAUGUUGUAAUAAGUUCAAUGCGUGCAUCCUCAAAACAAGGGAUUAGCCGAAAGAGGGUUAGGCCUUCAGAACCUGAGUCCAAUCCUUCUUCAAAUGCUGCUAGUGGAUUGGGUAUAUUCUGGUGGAGGGGUGGUAGGCUUUCUCAUCAUGUGUUUAAUUGGAAGGUUCUGCCUUGCUCCUUGGCUUCCAAGGCUGCCAGACAAGGCAUAUUAUAUCCUGAGAGUUCAGAAUAUGUAAAGAGAAGCAGAUUUAUUGCUUGGCGAGCUGCUGUUGAGACGGCACUAGUGUAG